AUGGGAAAGAUGAAGAACCUUCAGAUGCUAGAGAACUGCUUUGCCAAUUCGGAAAACGUUCGUGAUGCCGCCAAGAUGGAAGCCAUGAGCUCCAAACUGAUACGUCAAAACUCCAGACUUCAAAAGGAAAAAGAACAGCUUGCACGACAAGCGAGAAAGCAAGAGUUAUGCAUUGGGCAUUUAUUGAAAAAGCUAGAGAAUGCAGCUGAUCUUGCCAAUGACCAGCAAGUGAACUUUGACGAAGCUCAUCAUCGACAAACAGAAACAGUAGCAUCCAUGCUUCAAGAACUUUCCAAGUCGCGCAAGGAGAUUAUCCAGUUACGAAACGAAUUGGAACUUGAACGAAUAAAAAAUAGAGCAACAACAAGUACAAAGGAACAGAUGACGGAGAUUCACAGAAUACCAAGCGACUGUGAAGACUUUUCGGACGAGGCUACGGUUCUGAGGAAUAAUGUUGCGGUUCCGCAGAAGGAUGUAGCAGCUCUGGAAGAUGAAGUUGCAUAUCUUCGCCAUUCUCUAAUUCAACAAGAAUCCCAAUACAAGGAAUCAUUAAAGGAUAAUGCAGUUGGAUCAGCUGGGCUAAGGCGAUUUACCAGUACAUGUGGCGAGGAGGAUGCAGCAGAAGCGCGGAUGCACCACGAUAGGUUCCGGCCCGAUGAUGACAUUGAAAUCAUACACCAACCAUUUGCACAUGACACAAGAGAGAAAAGAAUCCCUAGAAGUGGUCUACAAGAAAUUGACGCGGAAGCACCUAGGCCUCCACUAAGUAGACAAUCCUCGGGCGUGCGAGGCUCGUCCCAAUCUCCCCCUAAGCUUUCAGCUACCAGCUCCAACAGCCGUUCCUUUGCCAUGGACGCUGUUCGACUAUCACGUAGUUCUCGAACCUUGGGGAGGCUAUAG